AUGGCUCUUCACGGACAUGAUCCGAAGAUUUAUGGCGUCGAAGAUUUGGUUUUAUUAUCCACAAUUGAUUUGAACAAUGUUGUUGAUAAUUUACGAAUUCGGUGAGUUUUUGUUUUCGAAAAAUAAAAGGGGGAAAAUUAUUUAAAUAGGAUUUUUGAAUAAAUUUAAUUUCGCGUGAAAAAUUGUCAUUUCCAGAGAAAAAUAAUUUUUGAAUCGGACCACUUAUUUUUGAUUUUUCAGUAAGUUUUGAAUUUCAAGAAAUUUGAACAAAUUAAAUAUUUAAUUGUAAUUUCUGCAAGGUUCAAAAAGUCAAAAAAAUUCAGAUUAUAUUUUUAAGUUUUGCAAAGGCAACUUAACUUUUGAAAAUUUGAAAAUCCCAAUUUCCCUCACCUUUUUCUCCCCUCCCCCAGAUUUCCAAACUGAUCCUUGAUCUCUUAUUUUUUGUCCAUAUCAUUUUCAUUUGAUAUAUUCCACCCUCAUCGAAUGGCGUUUACAUAAAAACCAAAAUAAAUAAAUAAAUAAAACCGGGCGGCAAUUAAAUUGUCGUAUAAAUCGAAUUUAAAGAGAGGGAUGGACAUUAGAAGAAAACGAGGAAUGAAAUAAAAAUAUAUAACUAACGAGCGGACGAUUUAUCGAAAAAUGACACCAAAAACGUUGUUUUUGAAAAGAUGCAACAACUUAAGGGUUCAAAAGAUCAAAUAAAUUUUGCAGAUUUCAAAAAGGUCGAAUCUACACAUAUAUUGGAGAAGUAUUGAUUGCUGUAAAUCCAUACCGUAAUCUAAACAUCUAUGAAAAAGACACUGUUGACAAAUACAAAGGUCGAGAAAUAUAUGAGAGAAGUCCACAUGUUUUUGCGAUUGCUGAUUCGGCUUAUCGAUCAAUGAAAAGAUUCGGAAGAGAUUCAUGCAUUGUUAUUUCUGGAGAAUCUGGAGCGGGGAAAACUGAGACAAGCAAAAUUAUUAUGAGAUAUUUGGCAGCUAUUACAAAUGUUCAACAACAGGGAGAGAUUGAGAGGUUGGAGAAAAAUGAGCAAAAAUACUGUAGAUCAAUAAUUAAAUUUUUCCAGAGUCAAGAAUGUGCUCCUGAGAUCAAACUGUAUUCUGGAAGCUUUCGGAUGUGCGAAAACAAAUCGAAAUGACAAUUCAUCUCGUUUCGGGAAAUAUAUGCAUAUAAACUUUGAUUAUGAAGGAGAUCCAAUUGGUGGAAAUAUUUCGAAUUAUCUUUUGGAGAAAUCUCGUGUUGUCAGACAACAAACUGGCGAGAGAAAUUUCCAUGUUUUCUAUCAAUUAAUCAAUGGAGCAGAUGAUAAUCUUUUGAGAGGAUUUGGAUUGGAAAAAUCGGCCAAAAAGUUUUAUUUUUUGAAUCAAGGAAAUUCGGAAAAAGUUGCAUCGAUAAAUGAUUCGAGAGAUUUUGCGGAAGUUCAAUCUGCACUUCGAUCAAUCUCAAAGUUUGAUAGAAAUGAUGUUGAAAGUGUGAGUUCAGAUAUUUUUGAUACAAAUACCGAAAAAUAUUUUGAUUUCAGAUGUGGUCUGUAAUUGCUGGUUUGAUUCACUUGGGAAAUAUCAAAUUUCGAGAUUCGGAUAAUUCUUCUGGUGCUGUUUCAGUUUCAGACAAAGUUGCGAUUCAGAACGCUGCAAAAUGUCUUUCUGUAACACCAGAUGAACUUGUCAAAUCUUUAACAUCUCAAGUUGUCGCAGCUCAUGGUGAUAUUGUCAAAAAGCAACAUGAUGUAAAUGCAGCUUAUUAUACAAGAGAUGCAUUGGCAAAAGCACUUUAUGAGAGACUUUUCUCGUGGGUUGUUUCACAAAUUAAUGAAUCAAUUAAUGUGCAAACAUCAUCGAAAUAUUCGAAAUCACAUGUGAUUGGAGUUUUGGAUAUUUAUGGUUUUGAAAUUUUCGGAUCAAAUAGUUUCGAACAACUUUGCAUCAAUUAUUGCAAUGAAAAACUUCAACAACUUUUUAUUGAAUUAGUUUUGAAACAAGAACAAGAAGAAUACGAAAGAGAAGGUAUCAAAUGGCAAAAAAUCGAGUAUUUCAACAAUAAAGUCAUUUGUGAUCUUGUUGAAGUUCCAAGAACUGGAAUUCUUUCGAUUUUGGAUGAAGCUUGUGCUUCAAUCGGAAAUGUAACUGAUAAAGUAUUUUUGGGAGAAAUGGACAAGAAACUCAAAAAUCAUCGACAUUAUACAAGUCGAACAUUGAAACAAAGUGAUAAAUCAAUGGGUUUUGAAGAAUUUAGAAUAACUCAUUAUGCUGGAGAUGUGACGUAUUCUGUUCUUGGUUUUAUGGAUAAAAAUAAGGAUACAUUAUUCCAAGAUUUGAAACGAUUGUUAUACAAUAGGUAAUUAAUUAUUUGGAACCCGACUUUGAAAAAAACCUAUUUUUCAGCAAAAAUCGUUUGAUAAAAUCAUUGUUCCCAGAUGGUUCAAAAUCAAUGUCUGAAGUAAAUCGUCGUCCUCCAACAGCUGGAUAUCUUUUCAAGAAUUCAAUGAGUGAACUUGUCAAACAAUUGGCACAAAAAGAGCCACAUUAUAUUCGUUGUAUCAAACCGAACGAUGAAAAAAACUCAUCGGUUUUCGAUAAAGAACGAGUUGAACAUCAAGUUUUAUAUUUGGGACUUCUUGAAAAUGUUCGAGUUCGACGAGCUGGUUUUGCACAUCGCAUGCCAUAUGAUCGAUUUAUUAACAGGUACAGUUGACAAACCUUGAUUCAAAAUAAAUAUUUACUCUAUUUCAGAUACAAGUUAAUUUGCCCAACAACUUGGCCAAAUGCCAGAUAUCGUCAAGCUCCAAAUGCAACUUGUACUGAAAUUCUUCGACAUGUGAAUCUUGCAAAUGAUUGCGUAGAAGGAAAAACAAAAAUAUUCAUCCGAAGUCCACAAACAGUUUUCAAUUUGGAGGAAUUACGAGAGCAAAAGCUACCAGAAAUUGUGACAUUUUUGCAAAAAAUGGUUCGAGGAGUGCAAGCUCGUGAAAGAUAUCGACGAAUUCUAGCUGUCCGAACAAUUAUCGGAGCAUAUCGAAGAUACAAAUUGAAAACUUAUAUCAAACAUUUGAUAAGAACUUUCAGGUAACAAAAUAUUUGUUGUGUUUUAGUUGAAGAGUUAUUUAGUUGUCGGAAAUCGACAUAACCUUUAUUCUCAGAAACAAACAAUUAUUGUUAUUUUAUUCGUCAAUCAUUCAUUCCACCCCCAUUCCAAAUUAUAUUCAAUCUGAAAAACAUUGUUGUUUCAGAGACGUUAAAAGAAUGCCCGAUCUUGGAAAAUCAUUACGUUGGCCAGCUCCGCCAUUGGUUUUGGCUCAAUUUGUGACUCGUCUUCGAUAUAUGCAUCAAAGAUGGAGAGCAUCUGUUAUUCUUUCAAGAAUUCCAGCGCAUUUGCGAGCAAGUUUGUAUCAAAAAAUUGCCGCGUUCGAGGUAUUCAACGGAAAGAAGGAAAAUUGGGGUUUCAGCCGAUUUUGGAAAGGCGAUUAUUUGUCUAUGGUUAGUUCAAAGGGGAAAUAUUUUGAUUAUUUUAAGUUCAUCAAUUUUCAGCAAGACGAACUGGAUCCUCCAGCUACAGUAUCUGUUUAUCAUGAUGGACUUCAAACUCUCCGACAAUCUCAUAGUUUCGGAAAAGUUCUAUUCAGCACAUAUAUUCAAGUAAGAUUUUUUUUAAAGCUUUGAUCUUCUCACAUAAGUUUUUUUUCAGAAAUUCAAUAAAUUUAACAAAAGUUCCCUUCGAGUUUUGUUAAUUACUGAUCGAUUUGUGGCCAAAUUAGAAACAAAGAAGUUCAAAUUAUUGAAAGAGCCUAUUUCUCUCAACUCGGUGAGCCUAACGAAUUUUGGAAAAAUAUUUUAUAAGGGGGUUUUCAGAUCUUACGAAUUUCUGUUUCUGCUGAUGCAAAUGGUCUUUUCGUGAUUCAUGUUGGAGAUAAUGAUAUUGUUGGAUGUGCAAAAAAUGUGAAAGGAGAAGAACGAAUCGGUGAAAUGAUUGGAACAUUAUUGGCGCAUUUUGACAAGUAAGCAAUUUCUAUUGAAAACCAAAACAAAAUCUAAUCUCAAAAUUUUACAGACAAAACAUGCGUCGUCCAUCAAUUUCAAUUCAAUCAAAUCUUGUGUGCACUUUGGGUGGAAAGACUCGAACAAUCCGAGUGUUCGAUUCAGAAACUGCCGAAAUUUCAGCUCCAGUUUUCAAGAAAAAUGGAAACGAUGUUGAUCUUAUUUGUCAACAAUUACAAGUCGCCUAA